AUGCUGUCCGCGGCGUUUAGACUCAAGUACCCGGGGCUCAGUGUGGGUGCAAUAGCGGCGAGUGCGCCAGUACUAGGCGUGGAGGGUCUGGCCAAAAGUUGCGACGCCUACUCAAGGCUGGAAACCAAAGAUUUUACAGACUAUUCUGCAAACUGUUCGCAAACCGUUAGGAAUUCGUGGGAAGCGCUCUUCCGUAUAGCCGGCACAGCCGACGGGCGCCAGUGGUUGACCAACGAGUUUAAACUGUGCAAAGAGUUGGCCGCCGGCGAGGAGAUCCGCGUAUUUCAGUGGCUGAUGGUGGCCUGGUCUCACGUGGCCAUGGUUGACUACCCAAACGAGGCCAAUUUAUUCUCCGAAUUACCCGCGUAUCCAUUGCGCGAAAUGUGCAAACAUAUGACAAAUCCGGGCGCCGAUGACCGGGGGCUGCUUAGCCAGGUGUAUGAGGCGGCCAACCUGUUUUAUAAUUAUAAGGGUUUAUCAAAAUGCAACGAUUUAAACCCAAAUGGACCCGUCGACCCCACUGCCUGGGGCUUUCAGUCUUGCACCGAUAUAGUCAUGCCUUUUUGCACCAAUGGCAAGACUGAUAUGAUUGAACCGUUCGGCUAUGACUUUAAAGCAUACUCUGACCAAUGCUUUAGUCAGUAUGGCGUCCGUCCGGACCCGAGAAAAGCUAUGAUGUUAUGGGAGAAGCGGUCCCUCCGGAGGGCAACAAACUUGAUAUUUAGUAACGGUUUGCGCGAUCCUCACAGUAGUAACGGAGUAUUGGACUCAUUGUCCGAUUCGGUGAUAGCGUUGACGAUCAGUCACGGCUGUCAUCACGAAGACCUCCGGCCCGCAGGCGUUAACGACACACAAGAACUCAUUAAUGUUCGCAAUCAAGAGAAACAAUAUAUGAAACAAUGGAUUGAAGAGCACUACACAAAAUUGAAUCACUUUCCUAAUGAAUGGCUUAACUAA